ACGACACCACCAGCUUAUUGUAAAAUAGACUCUAAGGCCAAUAGGCUCAUUGAUUAAGGAGAACCCUCCUCAAGAUUCGUCAAGUGCAUUCCGAAAGGCAAUGCCAUCAGAGGACAUAGCGAUAGCAACAGUGAUCUUUGGAUGAAAUCUGCAAAGCUCAGGUGACUCUCUCCGAAAUUGACAAGAUUAUUGAACUAUGGUGAAUGAUCGUCGCUAUGAUAAAAUUUUCGGGCUUUUAGUUUGUCUUGAAACUGAUCACUUAAGCCAUUAAGGAAACGCGUUGUUUUUCCUACAAAAGAGAAACAUUCGACGUUAAUAGAAGGGUGCUACAUAAACAUUGAUGUAGCUGCAUUAAAGAGCUAUAAACGUAACUUGCAAGUAGAGCUUAGUACAUCAACAUGUGUUAAAACUUAAUUGGGACAUAAAUACAACUUUAAUGGCUCAAUUUGUUUAAUGUUUUUAAAGCAGUGACGAAAUUAUUGAUUGGACACAAAAGCAGUUCGAAGAAAGCGGAAAGAAGAAUUUGUUUUUUAGCCAAGCUUCUAUUCUGGUAAAAAAAUGCAAAAUUACAGCCCAGAAACCUGGAUACCAGUCAAUCCCCAGAGAACUCCAUCUACCUCCUCAUCGACUGCAGCGAUAACGGGACAUCUCAUUGCUCCUCGUCCAGAAGCUGCCCCCAUUGGCCACUUGACCACCCCUCAUCACCCGACAUCGGCCGUACCGCUAACCCAUCGCUAUACUUCUUUCUACAACAAUCUGGAUGGCAGCUCGAGUAAUUCUUCGGCCACCAUCCCGCCCUACAACGAUGAGUACUCUGCGUGGAAUUCCUUCGAUUUUUCAUCGCCGACGACCCACCCCCACCCACACCAAGCGACAAGGAGUCCAUUUGCAGCUGCCGUGCAUCAUGGCCACUUUCACCAUCACAGUCCAACUGCAAUGACACCGAACCCACAACCGACCGGUCUUAAUCCCACCGCUGCCACCAUGGGCGUUGGUUCACAGCACCGUGACACGCUGCUAUCUGCAGCGGCUGUGGCAUCAGCAGCAGCGGCGGCCGCGGUCUCAGGGAGCAACUUCGUCAACAUUUCCCAUCGUCAUCCUCUCACGUCACAAAGCCAUGGCAGCAACUGGGUUCCGCCGUCAUCGUCCAGUUCGACUCGGAGGACGAAACGGAGACCGUAUUCGAAGCUCCAGACCAUCGAACUCGAAAAAGCUUUUCAAGAAAACAUGUACUUGACAAGGGAGAGGAGGACAAGGAUAGCAGAUUCUCUUAAUUUCACGGAUCGACAGGUGAAAAUCUGGUUCCAGAACCGCCGCAUGAAGAUGAAGAAGAUGACAGAGAGAGAACGAACUGAACAGGAGCAAAUAGAAAGAGAAAAGCAGGUCCUGGGAGCGAAGUUUUACAUAAAGACAGAACCAACAAUGAUGUGAUCUUGAUAAAUCCCUUAAUGCAUUUACACCUUUGCGGUUGCACUCACAGUGUCAUUGGUAUGUCAUGAUUACAUUAUAAUUGGUCAAAACUAAAAUGAUCAAAAUGGUAUCAAGCAGCAAAGAUGGUGAUGACAAUUCUUCGUGCCAUAGGAUACAGGCAUGCAUAUGGUAUGCUGACAUUUGAUACAAAGAUUUCGCAUAGCCUACCAUCAGGAAUGGUGCCAUGUGGUGAGCAGCGGUGAGCUCCCCCCCCAUCUCCCACCAAAAAAAAACCUUCUUGGAGAGAAAAGAGGGAAUGUGGGAGAAAAGAUGAAAGAAGAAUCUAACAGAGUGAUAUGUCGCAUGUAGCACGAUAAUACCCCUAUAUUAUUCCAUUUAAAAAUAAAAAUGUCAAUUUUAGGUCAUCUUGCCUCACCAUGAGCAAAACACCCUGCCAUCAAUCUGGACUACCUUCCUUUUCAUUUUUGAAUGAUCUGAUGUAAUGCAUGUAAAAUCAUGGGUAUUGGAAAAAAUAUUUCCAUCUACACCAAUAUAUAAUAAUAUUGUAUAUUUGAAAAGUUUUUAUAUUUGAAAAUCCUAGAAAGAUUGAAAGAAGGGAAUUUAUAUUAAAGCCCUGCAGGGUUAAUGAAGUAUAUUUGUGCAAUAUCAGAAGUAGGGUGUAUUCUAGGUCGGCCUCAAUUCUACAUUUCAACAAGCCUUGGUCUUUGACUGUAUCUCUUGUACAAAGUAAAUGGGAGAAAGAGUAACUAAAUUCAUUGUUUGGGAAAAGGGCAACGUUUUUUUUUUGUGUAGAGAAUAUGUUGAAAAUGCUAUUGUUAGCAAUAAAACACAUGUGAUAGACAAUCUGUUUGUGAAAAUAAAUGCGUUUCUGUUCAGAGAUUCUGCAUGGUGAGAUUGUCAGCCUGAAUUUCACUCAUAAUUCUACAAUACUCUCUUAAUACUCUAAAUAUAUAACAGAAGUACAUUUCAUAGUUUUCUGUUGAAUUUAUUUGAUAUAAUCUAUGCAGCAAUAAUGAAUCAUUGAGAGCAAUCAAGUAAGACUUGAAGUUUUCUCAUUUUCAGACAACAAUGUGCAAAAAUUAACGUACAAUUUCUGAGAAAAAAAGGUAAGGGAAAUAGAGUUAUAUGAUAUGUGGGUGCUAUCUGGAAAAAAAAAUGAAAUCAUUCUUCACAGAUGAAUUGAAAUUGCAAUUUCUCUUCCAUGCCAAAAGGUAGUGUUAUAUGAAAACCUCCUUGCCUGAAUCUAUGAAGAUUUGAAUUUUCUGCUAUAAAUGUUUUAAAAAAUAUUUCAAAUUAUUAAAAUUCCUAAUAUCAAUGCACUAUCUAAAGUCUGUAAACCAAUAAACAUUUUCGAAUUGUUGGUGCUUUUCAUCUUCAUUUGGGUUUCAUACUGCCAUUAGUACACCCAACAGGGCUGAAAUACAACUCUCUCUUUAGAGUGAUUUUAAGACAGUAUUUUGAUACUAAAAAGUGAUAUUCGGGAUACUUGGGGCUGAUGUAAUUGCUUGAUUCCUCGAACUUUGGCUAUUGAAUGAAGAAACAUUUAUAUGCAAUAUUCAAAGCUCACCUCUUUGAUUGUUCUUCAAAUGUUUUCUUGUUUACUUUUCUCAACGUGAUCAAUAAUUCUUCACAGAUGCUAA